AUGCGUCUCAGCUUGUUCCUUCUCACUAUUCUGACCGUGUAUGUCGGUCAGAUAUUCGCGAAUCAAUCGAAACACUGGGCUGUGCUUUUGGCUGGAUCGAACGGUUGGGGGAAUUAUCGGCAUCAGUCGGACGUCGCUCACGCUUACCGGCUGAUGCGUGCAAACAACAUUCUCCCGGAAAACAUAAUCACCAUGAUGUACGAUGAUGUGGCCUGGGAUCACAACAAUCCGUUCCCGGGAAAUUUGUUCCAGGACUACGCACACACCGAUAUUUAUGCUGGUAUCACUGUGGAUUAUAAGGGUGCGGAUGUCACUGUGGACAAUUUCCUCAAAGUGUUGAAAGGUGACGCGACAAUGAAAGCGGCCGGAAAGAAAGUGCUCCAGUCGGGACACAAUGAUAAUGUCUUCAUCUUCAUGGCCGGUCAUGGCGGAGUUGGAAAGUUUUGUUUCCCAAACAAACAGCACACAUUGUCACAAUGGACCGUGAAUCAGCAGGUGGCCAAGGUGAAACCAUUGGUUAAAGAUAGCACUGUAUCGACCUACGGUGACGCGUCUGUGGCCGCAUUGGCACUAUCCGAAUUUCAAUCGAAAGGAAAUAGCAGGAUGAAUAUAUCACGUCUGACUGAGCCGUACUCUAACGCCGUGGAUACAGUGUCUGAGGACCAGGUGCAUUUGUUCCAGCUAGAACGUCAACUGAAUGUGGAGCAGUCGCCGGAAAGGCUUGCGUUAGCUCGUCGUCGGUUGCAUCGUGCUACACAGCUGGCAAGCUUGGCCACAGAGACGGUCGCUGAGAUUGUGGAGCUGGUCCGAGAAACUGCCACCCCGUCACACCCACGUACCGACAUUUACGACACACUGGAUUGUCAGAACACAAUUGAAGAACAGUUUGAGAAUAAAUGCUUCAGCACUGAUCAGGUUCCUGAACUCGCGUACGAACUGCCCAAGUUUUAUCGACUGUGUGAGCGUGGUUACGAUGCCAAUGUGGUAGUUCAAACAAUAUUUGACAGAUGUGCUCGUAUUGGUACAGCCUACUACCAAGAAAAGAAAAGUACCUAUGUGAAGGUUAGCAUGGAGAAAUGA